AUGAACAGAGUGUUCUGUUUAUUAUUUGGAAGUGAGGCCAUCAUGUGGGUCGGUGUCAAUGCUUCAGUUUUCAAUUUGGUGUUCAUCGCUAUUGAAAGGUUCAUUGUGACACGGUUUUCACUGUGGCAUCGAAAUCAUUACAAACCUUGGUUCGGUUACGCUAUCGUCGUUUUUAUAUGGUUAGAUGGCUUAAUAACGAAUGUGCCAACGACAUAUGUUUCAGCAGAUUUCUCGGAUUACACCUGCAGUCCGUUCACGAUGUGGCCUACAAAAGCUGCCGGUACGGCGUUCAUAUCCUACUACAUCCUGUCCGUAUACGUCAUUCCAUUAAUUGUUUUUGUGUUUUGUUACACCAACAUCAUUCUCGUUGUCAGGGGAAACUCGAAAAUACAUGCGACGUCAGGUCAAACUGGUCACAGUGAUACUAAUCAUAAUGAUAAGAACCAGAUAAACAUUAUGAAGACGAUGAUGAUCAUAACUGUUACUUUCACGGUUCUCUGGUUGCCGUCAGAGUUGUAUUUCAUCAUGAUUAACGCCGAAUGCUGUGGUUUUAGUAUUUUAACUAAAGAGUGGAAUUUAUUUUUAUUGUUUGGAUUUUCAACUAGCUGCAUUAAUCCUUUUAUAUAUGGCGUUAGGACUGGAAAUUUUAAAUCUUUCAUUAAGACUUUCAAGAAAUAA